GUCUAGCUGACCUGCAGAGAAUGGGCAGAUGCUGUGGGCGAAGCCGGUGGACAGAGCGCAGAGGCAGGCAGGGUAAAGCGUCCAGCAGAGGAACUGCAGCAGGUGGUGACCCUUCAGACAACCGUACAGCCAUUGAUUGACAGGCAUCGCAAGCUUCUGAUGCCUGCAUUUGUAAAUCACGGCAAACUGCUUUGGAUGGCAGGCUGGAGAAAAAGUGGAUGGAGAGCAGACGGAACGGGAGAGAGGAAGGGAACGGCUAUUUCAGGGAGCGAGUGUCUGGAAUGCCAGCUGUUGACUCAAACCCCCCCCCCCCCCAUCCGUAUCUCUCUCCCUUUCCUAUCUUUGAGUCUUUGUCAGAGCCCCUUUCUCAACCUCAAGCCCUCAUCACACAAAACUUUUCCGACCACAGAGCCCCUCUCCCUCGCACGAUAAUUAUAGCACACUGUCAUCCCACAAUUAACACACACACACACAUAGAAGUAAUAACUCUCAUGCUAGACCGACCAUAUAUAAGACAGUCAGACAGACAAUACCCACACCAGGGAGACACGGCUAAUACAAACAGGCUUGAGAGUGGAUUCAUACCAUGUUUUAAAAAGGCAGGGCACAAAACUACUUCAUUUCUAAACUCUGUGCUCACUAUAUCAAUCCAAAACUCUGACUGGAUAUCAAUUUAAGGGAAAGAAACCAUCUAAACACUAAUGAGUGGGACCAACUCCUCUGCCUACCGAUCGGAGCGCAGUUACCACCAGACGUCAUCCUCCUCAUCUUCAUCCUCAACCUCAACAAACCCAUACAUGGAGAAGAGCCGGGGACUCUUUGCUGAGGACUUUGGAUCUUUCAUGUGUCCGAAAGAUGCUUUGGGAUUUCCAAACAGAACAGGGACAGUUGGGAACAUCAAGACUCUGGGAGACACAUACCAAUUCACAGUGGAUGUCCAAGACUUUUCACCUGAGGAUGUGAUAGUCACCACCUCAAACAAUCAGAUUGAAGUUCAUGCUGAAAAGCUUGCUGCUGAUGGGACAGUGUUGAACACUUUUACCCAUAAAUGCCAACUACCAGAGGACGUGGACCCCACCUCGGUCAAGUUGUUUAGGGCUGAUGGGACUCUCACUAUAAAAGCACAGAGAAACACUGCAAAACUAGAGCAUGCACAGACGUUCCGCACAGAGAUCAAAAUUUAGAUCUUCCCCUCUUGCUGUAUCUGUUUCCCUGUGAUAAAUGACCUUGAAAAUAUAGCUACUUAGUCCUGCUUUGUCAUUCCUCCAUGACCUUCUCUCAUUUCUUCUCAUUAGACUUGGAUGGAAUUUAAUCCUGUAAUAUUCAAAACAUUCAAGACAAAUGUACUGCUAACGUCAAUUCCCUGCUAAUUGCAUAUCACCUUACAGUAUACAUACAGUGGGGUCCAAAAGACCACAUUGAAAAUCUGUGAUUCAAAUUUUAAACUUAGAAAGAAAGAGAACAUUUUGGGAUUUUGAGAGUAGACAAGAAAAAAUAUGUAUAUUUAAAUUAAUAAGAAAUAUUUCAGAUUCUGCACUAUUUCUAUGACACUAAUCGUGUGACUCUUUGUACAGGCGGUUAGAUGUUCUUGGUUUCAUUUAAGGUCAAGAUGUUUUUUCAAUCAUUAUCAAAUUAUGCUGAAGAACAUGAUCAUCAGGUUUGACACAAACUUGUCAAGUUUAUGCAGCUCAAAUUCUGCUAUCAUUAAAGGAAAAAGGACUAAUCAAGUUGAAAAAAGGUAACUUCUCACAAUUUUGGAGCCUACUGUAUGACAAACAAUCAGAACGAACGAUGCAACUAAUUCCCAAAUGGCGAAAAACCUAUUAAUUGAAUGGAUUGUUAUUGUUAUCAAAAGGUACAUUUUCUAAAUGUAAAAUUGUUGUGUUGUGUGAUUAAAAUGCUACUUUAAAUAAGAAUAAAACCAGGACACCUUUGAUGAAUA